CACAAUGCACUAGUGUAGCUGCUCGUUUCCAAAAUGGCUACUUGGAAGGACUGGUUCAAUAAGCAUUUCACCACAAGUGGACAGGGCAUCAACAAAUAUCCAGUUGGAUAUAAAGCUGAAAUACAUGGUCCCUAUGUGGAAUAUAGGUAUUAUGGCCCAAAGGAUACGCCUUUUGAAGAUGUGAAGCUUGGAGAUCUCCGCAGCUGGCUAGCAAGGCGCAAGAAGACACCUGGAGCUAUUUUAGGUGCCAUCAGCAGAGGUCAACAGCGUUGGAGCCGUGCCUAUUUCAAUGCUAGGUAUCCUAGUUAUGUACCUGUUAUGCAGUUGGUGACAACAUUAUUUUUACUGUCUAGCCUGAUAUUGUAUCGAGUAAAGAUUGUUCCUGAGCAAGCAUGCAAGUAUCAUUAAUGGCGUAUAUGUAGCAGAAAAAAGAAGACAAAUUUCCAACUUUGCCAACACAGCAGUUUUCUGAUGAACUUCUUACCAUUUGUUAGUGUAGAAUUGGGUGUGGAAAUGGAAUUUGAUAGUUUCAUUGUUUACACCACAUUGUUUUCAAUGAACCACCUGUGAUUAAAAAAGGAAAUGAUUGUUGGUUUUGCAUUUGCACUUAGAAUAAAUGCAUUUUGUGCACAAAUGUUUAUUGGAAACCAGAAUGGAGUGGUGAAAUAAAUAAACAAAUAAUUUGGUU